CGGGAAAUCCCGCGGUUGCCUUGACGACGGCUGAAGUGGUAGGAGAAGCUGGCGAGCGCCUAGGUCGCGCGAGCCGGGAGCAUGAGAACCUGGUGUCUCUGUCAGAUCUGUACCUGCGGGCGGCACCAUUGUCCACAUGGAACCACGCGAAUUUAUGAAAAUUCUGGCGUAUCUUGCCCCACAACUGAAUAUUUGGAAAAAUAUCCUAUGCAUGGCAAUAUUCUUCCACCUCAAAGUCUUAAACCCAAGCAAGAAUUCCGCGCAUGCCGAGAGAAAAUGGAAGGAAUAACUACAUUUAAAUCGGAUUAUCGUCCAUAUGAAGUAGUCAAACAGCCUUGCCGUGUACCAGAAGAAUAUAAACCCAAACAAGGGAAGAUUGAUCUUGGUACCACCUAUAAACGGGAUUUUAAAUCUUAUAAAGUGCAGCCUGUGGCAAUAGUCCAGCCUUUGGAGAGAAAACAAGUUAUAAAAGGAAAGUUGGACACUGUCCCAACCUAUAAAGAUGAUUAUAGAGCUUGGGACAUUCAGAAAAGUGAGCUUUAUAAACCAGAACACGCUUAUCAUCCCCCUACCGUGAAAUUCGGAAAUGCCACCACAUUUCAGGAUGACUACGUUCCCCAGGAGCUAAAGCCAAGGCGAAGCUGUAAACCGUCCCCUGUGCCCAAACGGUCCACCGUCCCUUUCAAUGGCGAGACCAGUCACCGCCUUGACUAUGUACCGCAUGAGCUAGAAUUCAAGCUUGCAAGGCCGAGAGAAGUUUACAAACCAACUGACCGGCCCUUUGAGGACCUCACAACUCAUCGGUGUGACUUUCAGGGUCUUGCUGGUGACAUGGCAAAAAUCUGCAAGCCCCCAUACACCAGAGUGACCCCGAACGCCCCCUUUGCAGGAAGCACGGAAUUCCGUGCAAGUUUUCAGGCCUGGGAAGUGCCAGCCCCUGGAGCGAAGAAGGCAGCAGAGCACGUGCCGCACCCAGGAAGCAUGCAGUCACACAGCACGAGCCACCUCGACUACGUUCCGUAUCCAGCCAGCCGUGCCGCUCCCAUCAGGCCAGGUGCUCCUAGGAGCAGCAGCCAUGUUCCCUUCCAAGGAAGAAGCACCACGAAGGAAGAUUUCCCAGCGUGGGAAAGCCGUCGUCCAGGCCUCGUGCAGCCGCAGCCGCAGAUCCCCGGCCCAUCUGGAAGAUUCGACGGCGUGAGCACCUUCAGAGCGCACUAUGUGCCACAUGAGCUGAUCCCCACAGCGAGCUGCAAACCUCCCACGGUUGCUCUUCAGAGCGCUGCUCCGUUUGAUGACGUGACCACGUACUCCAUAGAGUACACCCCAAAGAAACAGGAAGUCUGCCCAGCUAGCUGCCCCUCUCCUCCAGGUUACGUGUUUGAAACUACAGAUCCCCAAGGUCACAGACGCUUCCGCAGGAUCACACCUGCACUGAAGGCCUUCUGACCAGCAAAGUGUGCAAAAGGAAGCUACCUGGCAAGGUAUUGGUUUUCCAAAGGAACGCACUUUCUGUAUAGUGAAAAAAAAUUGUGAGAGAGAUGUGACACAUCAUCUUUUAGAUUUUUAAACGAGAAAAUUGUAAAAUGGAUUAUAGGAGAUCAAAAUCUUAAGAUUCAUUUUGUAUUGAUAAUUUAGCUAAGCUUAUACUUUAUAUUUCUGAAGUUUACAUGAUGUACCAUAGAAAUCAGCAAAUCUGUCAUCAUUUCUACUUCUGUUUACAAAUAUGGUUGUUCACAUCCCAGGUGCCUUCUAUCAAGCGUGUUAGGACUGUCUAGAGCGACGCUGAGAAUGACAGAGGGGUUCCCCUUCUGAGGCGAGAGGAUUCAUUUCCUGACACUUGGGGGCAGCUGAUCUGCAUGGCGCGCCCCAGCGCACUCUGGGUUGGUGAUGUCUGAGACUGCUGCGCUGCUUCUCACUGUGUGCAGUCACUAAGGAAAGACUGCGGUGGGAAUCCCAGCACCCGAGUUCAAAUUCUAAUGCUGUCUGCUUGUUUGUGCCACCUUCCGCGAGUGACUCGUGUCUGCAAGCCCCUGAGCCUUCAUUUGUAAAGGGAUAGCUCUUCUGCCUACCUUACACAAAUUCUGUUCUGAGCAUCAGAUCAUAGGAUGCAUUUUAAGUAAAUUUCAAGUAAAAGCACAAAGGUAAGGGAUUCUUUGUACCUGUUCUCUGCUCCACAAAUUGAGAUGAUUACCUACCCUCUUGAUAGUCACCAUCUGGCCUGCAACAAGGAUUGUUGGCUUUGAGUUUCUGAUUUGUAAUGGAUAUUUCUUUGUUUUAGAUUUAACAAUUUUAAUAUUUUCCAUACUUGCUUAAUAUGUAAAUGUUUCACAUAUUUAUGCAUACAUAUUGAAUGCUAAUGCACCGUUCAUCGGAAUACAAAGUAGUCCUACUGUGAUGGAAAACAGUCUGGCUAGUCCUCAACAAUCUAAAAAUAGAUCUUUACCAUAGUACCCAUCUAUUCCACUUUCGGGGAUUAUAUCGAAUGGAAGUAAAGUCAGCAGAGGAAAGAGAGCCCAGUAGUUCACGUUUGUUGCAGUACUGUUCACAAUAGCCAAGGUGCUGAGUCAGCCGCAGCGUGUGCUUCUGCGAGCAGUCUUGCCCUCUAAGCUUCGCAGGCACCCGAGAAGCUGCUGCAGAGAAUGGAGCACCUGGACUGGGGUACCCGCGUGGUUUGAACCCCAGUAUUUGCAGAACGGAAAGAGUAUUUGCUGGAGCAGUUUUCAGAAGGCUGGCGGCUCUUAAGAACUCCUCAAGAUGAUCUUAGGUAGUUACACACCCAAGUGCCAUGCACAGGUUCACUGCUCUGUAGCAGAAGCAGGCCCAGCAGGGGCCUAAGCACCUGGCUCACGUCUCUGGUGUAGAGAUGAGUGCUCAGAAGGGAGUGAAGGAGCGACACCAGGAAGUGCAACAGAAACGACAUGGCUGUGCCAGUGUGGAGAGUCAGUGAUUACAGACUGGGAAAAUGUUAUUUUAGCAUAAAGUGCAGAAGACUAAUGUGUUACGGUUUCAGAAUUGUUUCCAAAUAUCUACCUUAUGGGAAUAAAAAUAAUAUUUGGUUAAAGAAUUUCUGAUUAUUUGAACGUAAUUUGUUCUUACUUAUAUUUGCAUGUAUUAAUGGAAAAUAUGGCAUGUAAAAUUUUAUAUUUCUAUGCAACAUUAAUAAAACAUCAAUAAAAGGAAUGAAUUUUCAUGAAAUCAUUUCUGUGCCCUAUUUCCUUUGGAAAAGACAGCUUUUUAAUAAAAUCUUCUCUUAACUUAACCUAUACUUAGAUAUUCUUGCUUUUUCCUUAGAAAACAUUACUAUAAAAUCUAAAUUAAAAAUCAGGGACUAUCGCAGCACUGUCUCAUCCUGGCCUGUAUUCCAAUGCUGGAUAUUCAGAUCUAUGUAUGUUGAUAGGUGUUCUCCUCCCUGGAAAAAGGACACCCAAAAUAGAUAUCUUCUGGAAUUUUCCUGAGGCCAUUGGCCACCCACUGAGAAUUUUAAAAUAAUGGCAUUUUCCUGUCAUCUAGCCCUCAAUACAGUAGGCAUGGAAAUAGAAAUUGAAGACAUUUAGCCUAGGAGGUCAGGAAAGGCUUCCUUAAAAGUUUUGUUUGAAAGGUUAAGUAGGGAUUUGCCUGGUCAAGAAAAAUGGGCAGCCGGUGCCCCAGCUCACUAGGCUAAUCCUUCGCCUGCGGCGCCGGCACACGGGGUUCUAGUCCUGGUCGAGGCACCGGAUUCUGUCCCGGUUGCUCCUCUUCCAGGCCAGCUCUCUGCUGUGGCCAGGGAGUGCACUGGAGGAUGGCCCAAGUGCUUGGGCCCUGCACCCCAUGGGAGACCAGGAGAAGCACCUGGCUCUUAGCUUCGGAUCAGCACAGCACGCUGGCCACGGCGGCCAUUGGAGGGUGAACCAACGGCAAAGGAAGACCUUUCUCUCUGUCUCUCUCUCUCACUGUCCACUCUGCCUGUCCAAAAAAAAAAAAAAAAAAAAAGAAAGAAAGAAAAAUGGGGAGGUGGGAAUAGCAUAAGCCCAGGGUCUGUAUCUCCGAGCAGCAGCUGAACAGAGUCCAAGGUGCGGCAGUGGAAAACUAGGCAACCCUGAUUCACCCUCCUCUCAGGCCUCCUGGAGAUGUUAUGCGGGAACACGCGCACAUUCACUCAACACUUCAACAGUGCGGAAAGCUAGUAACAUCCUUGAUCGACCCGCCAGAUUCCAGGAGGCAUUUCCACUAAGCCAAACUUAGAAGAACCUGAAAGGAGGAAAUUCAGAAAGAAAAGUCAAUAGGAAGUUCCCAUUUCCACCCCCUCUCCCUGCGUACCCUUUUUGUGGAAAGUAAGCCCACAGACACAGAAAUUGGGAGGAGAGGAUUUAGUUUAUAAAACGUGGACCGGCACUGUGGCACAGUGGGUUAAGCUGCAGCCUGCAGUGCCAGCAUCUCAUAUGGGUGUCGGUUCGUGUCCUGGCUGCUCCACUUCUGCUCCCUGCUAGUGCACCUGGGAAAGCAGCGGAACGUGGCUCAAGUUCCUGGGCCCCUGCCACCCACAUGGGAGACCCAGAA